GAUAGUAUUAUAUAUAUAUUUUUUUAAUGCAGAAAUAUAUGAACGAUGCUUUAAUGGGAAUUCUCCGAGUUCGUAAUCUAUUAAGUCCGCCGUAUGUAUCGGUCCAACCUUCGUUGACUGCGCAUGAAAUUUCGAAUUCGGAUCAUUUUGUUGUACUUGGGAGCGAUGGAUUAUUCGAUUUCUUCACCAAUGACGAAGUCGUAAAUCUCGUGCAUUCUUAUACAUCGAGAUACCCUUACGGCGAUCCUGCUAAAUUCCUCUUGGAGCAGCUUGCCGCGAGAGCUGCUGACUCAGCAGGUUUUAGUAUGGAGGAGCUGAUGAGUAUUCCAGCUGGCAGAAGACGAAAAUACCACGAUGAUGUCACCGUUAUCGUAAUUGUGCUCGGCACGAACAAACGCACCUCAAAGGCAUCGACAUGUAUUUGAAUGCCUUUCAUAUAUAUAUUUUGCAGCAGUUUGUUUAGAUUUAAAAAUUCCCUCCAUAAUUAAUAUUUUAUCAUCUGUAAUUAGAUUUUUUUUAUUGUGUAAUAAAUAUGUAUAUUUUUCUGCAUAUUACAAUAGGCAUUUGCCUUUUUUGCCCCCUUGUGUUUUGUAAGGGAUGAAAUAUGAUAAAACAAUCAAGAAUCUUGAUUGGUGAAGUUUGAUU